UGUGUGUGUGUGUGUUAGCAGCAGAGAGAAGAGAGUAGAAUGGUCCUCAGUCUUCUUCUCCAACAUGAAGAUGAAUGUUUGCAAGAUCUUCUUCUUUUUCUUCUUCGUUACGCUUCUUCCCUCCGCAGUCCAAGAAACAAGCAAAGCCUCUGGAUGGAGAGCAGAUGACGCAGGACAAGUAGACGGAGGAAGAGUAGACGGAGGACAAGUAAACAGAGGACGAGUAGAAGGAGGUCGAGUAGACGGAAGACGAGUAGAUGACGGAGGACGAGUAGACGGAGGACGAGUAGACGCAGUGGGCGCGUCCUUGAAGUUCCAACACAUCUCCAAGGACUUACAGAUCAUCUCCACCAAAUACAAAACCCCGGCGUACGGCUCCCUCAGUCCCUACGGUUGGCCUCAGAACUUCUCCCUGGACCAGCAUCUCUACAAAUCCAAGCCUCAUCCCAAAGUGUCCCCCAAGUCCAAGAAGAUUCUGGGCUGGGGCGACUUUUAUUUCAAUGUGAAAACUCUGAAGUUCAGCCUUGUGGUGACCGGGAAGAUCGUGGACCAUGUCAACGGCACUUUCAGCGUCUACUUCCGCCACAACUCCUCGCACCUGGGGAAUAUAACCGUCAGCAUCGUGCCGCCUUCUAAGCCGGUUGCCUUGGAGGUUCUGGACCCGGUAGUUGAAAGCAUUCACACGGGGAACUCUGUCCUGUUACCAGACCUGGCAUCCCGAGUCCAAUCCAGCACAAUUACUCCAGACCUUCUCAAGCAGCAGCAGAACCUGACGGUCAUGACUGAGCUCAACUGCCGUGUGGAGUACCAAAGAACCAACCGGUCCAAGAAGACCAAGCCCUGCAUGUACGACCCGGGUCAAACCUGCUACUCGGAAAACACGCAGUCGCAGGCGGCGUGGAUCUGCGCUAAACCCUUUAAGGUCAUUUGCAUCUUCAUCGCCUUCACCGGCACCGACUAUAGGCUGGUGCAGAAGGUUUGCCCCGACCGCAACUUCCAGCCGGAGCAGAACCAGCAGCACUUUGGGUGACCGCUUCCAGAUGGACUGCCUGGUUUCUACUCAGUGUUUCAGUCCUUGUAUUUGUUUGCUGUUCACAUCUCGAUGGUACAAGAGUGAACCCCAGCAACUCCACAACAACACAGGAGGCAUUCGGUUUCGUUGGAUUUCCCCGAAAAAGUAGUGGAUCUGGUCUAAGGGUCAGAGUGUCAGGAUAAGGUGGCCAAGGGACUGAGGAGUGUGUUCACACUUGUCAUGUUUGGUUCGGUUUAAAGGGACUCUGGUACCAGAGUCUGCUCUGAUAAGCCUUCUCAGGGCAGUGGAUCCAUCGCAACUGGACUGUUCAGUUUGUCUUAGAUCACGUGUGGACUCUCAUCCAUCAUCAGUUCAUGGUCAGAGACUUAGACUGGUGGACUUGAUCCGACCAGGACUUAGAUUGGUAGGCCUGAUCAGACCAGGACUUAAAUUGGUAGACAAGAUAUGACCAGGACUGUUUUUUACUGUUAUUAUAAAUAUUAUUUACUGUGUUUAUAUAAUGUUUUUUUUGCAUGUGCAGAUUGUUCUCAAGUUUAAAAGACGUAGACUUUUUCUGCCAAAAUUGAAAGAGUGAAUACGUUUAAUGAGAAAAGAUCAAGUACUUUACUGAUGCAGGUUUUCGUGGGCCACAGGAAACGAUCCCUGGGACCUUAAGUUCCACACCUGUGACAUACAACAAUGUUUUUUUUUUCUCUUUCAAUUUGCAUUCAUGAAAAUAAAAGUCAACGGCCAAAAACAAACACUCACCUUCCUGCUGGGGAGCUUUGUUAGGCAGAAAAGUGAGACCCUGCUGUAACAUCAGCAUGUUUGCAUCUUUGAGAAACUCACCAGUUUUUGCAAGCACGGGCAGUCUGGCAAAAGAGUGGAUAUUUUGCCGGGAUCGAACAUGAACACUGACUCUCUAGCGCCCCCUUUGAAAAUGAGACAAAAUUAUUUGCGUAACGUCACCAAAAUGGCUGGAGAUGACUAUCUUAAAGGACGCAGGCUAAAGUCUCAAGAAGCCAUAUUUGAAAACCAACAGGAAGUCGGCCUUCUUGGGGUUGUGACCUCUCACUGCCGGUCAUUCCUUGUUUUGUUUUGUGGGAGUUUUUCAGUUUUUGGUUCACUUCCUGUCCUGCGCUUUUAUUUUGGUGGUUUUUCCUGUUUUGUGUU